CACUUGUUUGAUCACUUUUAGACUAAGGAUAUGGGGAAGUUAAAAUAUUUCCUAGGAAUUGAAGUGGCACAAUCUAAUGCUGGGAUCUGUAUCUCACAAAGAAAAUAUGCUCUGGAUAUUCUUGAAGAAACUGGAAUGUUGGAUUCUAGACCUGUAGAUACACCAAUGGAUCCCAACACAAAACUUAGUCCAAAUCAAGGAGAACCUCUUGCAGAUCCUGGUAGAUAUCGCAGAUUAAUUGGCCGAUUGAAUUAUUUGACAGUCACUCGGCCAGAUAUUUCAUUUGCCACAAGUAUCCUAAGUCAGUUUCUUGACUCCCCAUGCGAUAGUCAUUGGGACGCCGCUGUUAGAGUCCUUAGAUAUAUCAAAGGUGCUCCAGGAAAAGGUUUGUUGUAUGAAGAUAAAGGACAUAACCAGAUUGUUGGGUAUACUGAUGCAGAUUGGGCAGGAUCUCCAUCUGAUAGACGUUCUACAUCUGGUUAUUGUGUUUUUAUUGGUGGAAACUUGAUAUCUUGGAAGAGUAAGAAGCAAAAUGUUGUAGCAAGAUCUAGUGCGGAAGCUGAAUAUAGAGCUAUGGCACUUGCCACAUGUGAACUUAUAUGGUUGAAGCAAUUAGUUAAGGAACUUAAGUUUUGUGAGCCGAGUAAGAUGGAACUGGUGUGCGAUAAUCAAGCUGCCUUACAUAUUGCUUCCAACCCUGUGUUUCAUGAACGGACCAAGCACAUAGAGAUUGAUUGCCAUUUCAUAAGGGAGAAGUUGCAAAGUGGGGAAAUAGUAACAGCCUUUGUCAACUCCAACGAUCAACUUGCAGAUAUUUUCACCAAAGCUCUCCGGGGUCCUCGGAUACAAUACAUAUGUAACAAGCUUGGUGCAUAUGAUUUAUAUGCUCCAGCUUGAGGGGGAGUGUUGAAUAUUAGAUUAGAUCUGUUUUGAUAUAGUUUCCAUCUUUAGAUAUCUGAUUCUGAUUGGAUCUCCUAGUAUUAAGGGAUCUGAUUCUAUCUCCUAGUAUUAAGGGAUCUGAU